AAAAAGGUUUCGUAGGAGAUAGUUCGGACGGUAUACCCGCGGACAGAUCCUUUUAAGGUUUCAUAGAUUUUAAUAACCGUUUUUUUAAGCCUUUGGACACAUUUGGAAGCUUUUAGACACCUACGAAACCUUUUUGGAGGGUUCGGUAAAUUAAUCUUUUUAGAGUGUACAACUCUGAUUUCGAAUCCAUUUGUUUUCUGCUGACUAAAGUUGUUUUAAGAAAUAUUCACAAUAUAUGUGAGAACAGCGUGUUGCAAUUCAUUAAACAAUGCAUAAUCCAUGCAUUUUAAAGACCAUAUGAUUUUUUCACCUAUGCCGUGUUUGACAAUUCAUUAUAAUAACAAAUGGGAAUAAUGGAACUGAGAUGCGUGUAUAUACGUAGAAGAAGAUUUCAAGUCUUCAUCUCGAGCGCUAUUCUGACCUUUUUCGACAAAAAAGAAUGAAUUUCAAUCAACAAUCCAGAAAGAGAAAAAAGUGUUUUUAAAGAACUUUUGUAUAUAAUCAGAAAUCUUUAAAUAUUUUCUUUUCAGCGAGGAAAACCCGAACUCAUUGAUAAAUCUUUCGCCACACUUGGUUCUUCUUCGUACGUCAAUAUCGAUCUUUUUCUGUAGCUUUUAGUGCAUUCCAUAGUGGAUGUUUCUUGGUAAACGCUGGUCAAGAAAUGGAACAAACAAAAAUUUCCUCACUUUUCGAAAGAGAUUGGAUUGACUAUAGAGAAGUACAUACACUUGAAGAGUUUAUACGUAAACUAAUACAAAUCAAGAAACAUUCGGUGAUCGAAGCGAGAGGAGCCAGGUCAGAGAAGUGAAAUAUAGAUGCGUUUCGAACAUUAUUCUGCUUCGAUUCUUAGAUUAACACUGACCCAUCAUAGUCCAUGUAUUGUGGCCGUGUGGGAAGCCGCAUCGAUCUGUGAAGGUCUCAUUGGUGUGUUCAAUGUGAUGCAAGAAGCCAACUGUGAACAAUUCAUACAAAUUCCCAAUUUACCCAAAGGCAUUUAUGAAAACUUAUUUGUUGAUAUGGGCGUGAGCGCACUACUGGAACGCGAAUUUCGAACAGUUUCAGUGGAUAAGAAUGGUUUGCUGCCUGUACCUGCGGUUGCCAGCGUUCUUUAUUAUGUUGGUGUUCUUCUGCAUCCUAAACCAUUUUACAGUGAAAUAUUCGAUUUUAACUACAGACAAGCAUAUUUAACAGAAAUAUUGACUACUCCAACAUAUCAUUAUCGUCGUCAAAUAAUAUUAUAUUUAAAACAAAAAUUAAAAAAAUGA